AUGAUUGGGCUUUUCUGUAUUACGAUGCUCCUCUUAACCCUAGCGCAGGCUCGAGCCAUCGUGACCAACAAAUGCCAGCAUAACGUGUGGAUCUGGUCCUUUCCAUUCCUCGGUCCUAGUCACACUGAAAACGUCCCUGUCAAGCCUGGAGGCCAAUACCGGGAACCCUGGCGUCUCGGAUCGAUAGAUGUCCCUGGUGUAGCAAUCAAGAUUUCGACGCAAUCAGAUGGCAUCUACACGCUUGUGGACGAAAUUGACUUUGGCUAUUCAAUCAAGAACAAAGAUAAGUCCAAGGUUUGGGUUCACUUGACCUCAGUUGAUGGAGACUAUCUCCGCCAUAAUCUCACUUUUCAUAGCUGCGCCUCCCAGUACAACUCGACUGACGUUGUGGCGCAUGAGUGCGAUGCAACAGACGAGGUGGAAUUGGUCCUAUGUGGGACCACUCGCACCAUACCCACCAAGGACAUUGCGUCUCUUGAGCAGAUCCGAGCCUGCUAUUGCCCCAAUGGCGAUGAUAUCGAGGUACCUGAUCGGCUUGAGUACCACGGAUCCUUUGAGCAAUUCCCAACCGACAUUGACGCGGAUGAACUCGAGGAACAGCUGCAGAAUCCCCGAUUCACCACUCCUUGGCACUGCAACAACCACUGGUUUGACCCUUUGACAUGCCACAAAUUGAGGACCAACGAUGAGCCAUCAGUAGACGAAAACCCUCUUUAUGGAGACGAUUCUCCAGUCAGUUAUGAGGUACUCAUCAUCACCAAUCCACCAGUCGUUCGCAACUGUCAAGCUAGGGUGAUCUACCCAGGAAGACGAACCGCCCAUGCAUCGCCCACACCACGAGCCACGUCCACGUUUCCGCUCAAAAUUCGCGAGCAGCAUACGUCGCUGUGCCAGCUGAUCGAGAAACACCACCCUGGAGCCAUACGAGACUGCCACGAGGAAGUGGUCAAGGCCCAUGCUCGCGCUCUCCACCCUCACAUGUGCGAUCCCAAGUACAAGUUGCUUUUGAUAGGCUUUUCUUGCGAACAAGUAGCCAAAAAGCUCGAGGAGCUGUAUCCAGAUGUCGUGAGCGACACAAAGACGAUUGGACAAAGGUACAAUGUUGAGCGCAGGGAAUGCUUGUCCAACUUUUGCGAGCCAGUAAUCCCUGGGGUCGACUGCAUCCAUGCUGCAUACAUGUUGAGAGCUACGAUUGAAUCAUUGGGUAUGAGCUAUACCGACGUGAUCAACGAGGACUUGGAAGGAUGUGCGCCCACGCCGAUGCUUGCUCUUGAUGGGCGCCCUGUAAUUUAUAUCUUGAGGCUCUGUGCUGCACUGUAUGCGGAAUCCGAGUGCGAAGAUAUUCAGGCUUCGCUCAAACAUAAUGCCAAGGGCGGGAUAUACCAGGACAUUGAGUUCAGCAUUGAUGCUACCAUCUGUGGCAACUGA